UGGCCAUGGGGGGAGGUCGCAGCGAGACCUCAGCACUGAGUGGGACGGGAGGGGGACGGGGUAUGACCACUACCCAGAAUUCCCAACGGCCCAAUGCCUGCUGCUUCUGCUGGUGCUGCUGUUGCAGCUGCUCAUGUCUCACCGUCAGGAAUGAAGAGGAGAAACGGAAGCGGAGGCGGAGGAAGAGAAUAUCACAGGACACCAAGAUGGAAACCAUACCAAACUGUGAAGCUUGCACCAAACCCUCAGUGGAUGAAAUCCAGCUGUGGUCCCAGUCUUUUGACAAGCUGAUGAGGAACCCAGCAGGUCGAAAUGUUUUCCGGGAGUUCCUGCGGACGGAGUACAGUGAGGAGAACAUGUUGUUCUGGCUCGCCUGCGAAGACCUCAAACAGGAAAUCAACAAGGGCACCAUUGAGGAAAAAGCACGUACCAUCUAUGAGGACUAUAUCUCGAUACUGUCGCCAAAAGAGGUGAGUCUGGACGCACGGGUUCGAGAAGUGAUCAACAGGAAGAUGCAGGACCCGACGCCUCACACGUUUGAAGAUGCCCAGCUGCAGAUCUACACGCUGAUGCACAGGGACUCCUACCCUCGAUUCCUCUCCUCCAACAUCUACAAGUCUCUUGUUCAUGGUGGCUCUCGUACCUCCUCAGAAUCCUAGUCCCACACCACCUCCACUCCCUCCUUGUGCGAUCCUUCACUUACAGGACUGAUGCCAGAGCACUUCAUCUCUUCUCUCGCACACUCCUCCUGGUCCAAAAGUUUCCAAAAAUGAUCACUCCUUUUUUGCCUCCUCUGUUCACUCCUACUUAUCCUCAAAUCCCAAAUCUCUCAGAUUACUGCCAAGACUUUCUCCAGUUGAGUCCCUUCACCUGCAUUCCUUCUUUUUUUAGCCUCUUCUGAUCCAUUAUUUUGCGUGAAUUGUUCUGUAUAACAGCAUCUUAAAAGGUAACUUUGACCUUUGUGUGCCAUUAAAUAUUUAAAAACAUAGCACAAUUCUAGUUUGACAGGAAGACGGUAGACACAUUAUCAAAUACAUUUUGUUUUUAUAAAAUAAUAUUUAAGAGCUCUGAAAUGUUUGAAAGUGAAAAACAUCCUGAGGCCAAUAAUUAUUUUUUUUAUACAGAUUGUGUAAAACAGUACAAAUAUUUCAGUCAAAAAAGGUGAUAUUAUUAACUGGGCAAAUAUGGAUCAUCAUCAUAAACAAAUAACUUCAAAAUUUAAAAAAAAAAAAAAAAAAGCUUUUUCCAGGGCAUUCACUUGCAUCUUGCGGUUUUGGUUAGCUGAUUGAGUGUGUUUAGCUUGAAAGCUAAGCACACUCAAUUAUCUGAGAAAGAGAUGCUUCAAAGGUUCAGAUAAAGCUAAAGAGAAACCCUGGUGUGAAGUUAGAGGCUGACUAAUAAUGCAUUUUGAUAUUUAUCUGUUAAGAAAAUAGAAUUAUACAGUAUCUGCCAAUAGUAAUUAACAUCAAAAGCUAUUUUACAUUAGUUUAUUUAUGAAUUCAGGCCUCACCGAUGGACAAACUGGCUUUAAACCUGCUGGUUCCAAGUUCAAGAAUAAACAUUUUUGACCAGGGUCCUUUAAAUUUUGACUCUGAAUAAAUUGUGCCAUACAAUUGUGCUGAACCCUGUUUUUUUCUCUCUCCUUAACCCCUGUCCAUCCACAUCCAUCCCUCUAUUUCUUAUUUUUAUCCAACAUUUUUUGUAUUUCUUUCCUCCCUCAUCUCUCUCUCGUUUCCAUCUUUCCCCUAAUUUUCACGUCAGCAACCACACCUGAAAGGAGAAAGAAGCGAUCUGGCAUUUUAAAGUAUUUCUGAGAAAUCAUCUACAGUUACAUGGAGAUGUACGUGACUGCUUUGGGAGAUUUUAAUGCAUUUCAGGGGUAGAAAUAUUCAUCUGUGCCAUGAAUUCUUAGCAGUUAUUUACCAGUGUUGCCCCUCCCCACAUGACCGUCCAAUCACCUCUAAGAGCCAGUUGAAGGUGGACUUCCCAGACUUCACCUCAUCGCCUUCUUAUUCAUCUUACGGUGGCCUCUACUUCAGAAAUGAUGGAAAGGUAAAAGAUGGAUGAUGUCUUGUUGCGUUUCUUUCUCUUUUUUUUCUUUUUCAACUGGAAACACAGGGUGCUCCCUCCAUCUCCCGCUACAGAAACUUUGCUUCCUUUGUCGUUUUCGUUUGCUGGAUCAAUCAUUUCACUCCUGUUUUAAACAAACGGACAGAAGGAAGGUUUCUGCUUCCUUCCGACUACUGAUUUACAAAGACAAGACGUCUAUUUUUUAACAGAAAACUCUAUAUGGAACAUUUUAAUUAUGCUCUUUUUUUUGGUUUUGUUUUAUUGUUUCUCCCACUCUCCCCACUUCCUGGAUUUUUUUGCAAGAAGAGGAGGAUUCCUCUGAGACUGUACUGAUCUCCACCCAACACCACAGACACUGCAAUAAUACACUGGAGUUUAGAAAAACAUCACAUACUCACACACACUCAUACACUUACAACAUUUGUGUUACUAUAUCUAAGGGAUCUUUCAGUAAUCUAUCACUCCAUUUCCUGCCUGUCCAACCAUUAACCGUCAACCAAAAUAACACAGAACUACUUAGAGGUACAGGAAAGAUGUUCACUCAGGUUCAUUGACAAAUAGUUUGGAGUUUUAGUGGAUCUGCGCUAUAAAAUGUUUUGUUUUCUUUAGUGAAGUGGUAAUUCAGUUUGACCUCUAAAGUUGAACAAAAGUAAGGAUAUUUACUUUAAUAGAAUGUGUUACUAUCUUAUAACCAUAAAGGACAUUUGGUAAAAUUUACAAUCAAGCAGUUGCAUAUUUAAAACUUAAGGAAACUCACUGUUCACACUGAAAAUUCAUGUUAUCCAGCAUUACAUAAAGAAACAGUGUUAGUUACCGUUCUAUCCUUUUUAAUGCUAAUUUUAAUGGUUAAAUUUAGCAUCUGUUGUUUUUUGGUGGAGUUUCAGAAACAUUUCAAAGAUGACAUUUCUAUCAGUAUUGGAAAAUCUAUGCGUUUUUGGUGUUUUAUUUUCAUUCUAAUUGUCUUUGGGAUUUAGAUUGGUGGUCAGACAAAAUCUGAGGAAAUCACUUUGGGCUUGUAAAUGUUCUAACUAGCAUUUUAAUCAAACAACAAUCUGCAUGUCCCGAUUUGAUCUCAAAGAUGGAGAUCAGAGUUGAUCAACGCAUUUUUAAAAAAAUAAUCAGUACUGGCAUGACUGUAAGCUCGAUUUUUUGUGCAUGUCCACUGUUAUAUAGCGGUCAUAAAGGCAGAGCACAUAUUGUGACAGGAUGCUAUUUUGAAUAAUUUUCCUCGUCAACAAUUAAUUGGUGACACAAAUUGAGCACAGUGGAAAUUUGUUCCGCUCCCGUUUUAGUCAACAGACACCUGAUUUGGGCCACAAAGGCAGCUCUGAUACAUAAGCUACAGAUACAGGACCACUGUCCUAGUCACCCCCAGCUUGUUUUAAACACAUUAAUUUUGGACGGAGGACAUGAAGCACCACAAAAGUCUUUGUCAUGAUCUUAACAAAAACCCAUAAAAACUGCCAUUUGUGGAAGAAGAAACAUAUCCAAGAUUGACCUUUAAACUCCACUCUGUUCCCUUCAAAAGUCACCAUUCAGUAGAACAAUAUAGAUGGUUUGCUUUCUUCUCCACCAGCUAAGAAUACACUGAAAAAUAUGCUGCAUUUAUGGUGUGUAUAUAUAUAUAUAUAUAUAUAUAUAUAUAUAUAUAUAUAUAUAUAUAUAUAUAUAUAUAUAUAUAUAUAUAUAUAUAUAUAUACAUAUACAUGUCUGUACCAUCAUCUAGUAAUAAACACAUUUUAAAAAGGUGUGGAAAAAUCCCUGGGAAAGUCGCAUUUUUUCCUGGAAUAUCUGACCAAGCACUAAAUACCAUAGAAGUGUCAAAAAAAACCAAAACAACCACGAUGUAGUAUUCAAGAUCUCCAGUCCCUAAUUUCAUGCUAUUUUGACACAUUUCUUGUCUACAUAGCACCACCGUUGCCUGUUACACAGUUAUUGCUGAGGUGUUAGCAUCUACUUUUCCAGGGUGUCAAUCCCAGUGAGGGUUAACAAUACCAGUCCUUCCAUUUUCCAGCCCAAAUGACAUGGACACAGCAUUACAAUAUACUCAUUCUGUCACAUGAUUUCUUGGGUUCUCAAUUUGCAAAAAUAGGAACGGCAGUUUUUACAGUCAGUAUUGACCAAAGAAGAUAAAAUGUGCUCCAUCUUCUCUAAAAAUUCACCAAAGAUUGAAAUUUAAAAGACAAAAUUGCCCCAUUAUGUAUAGUAACACAAAUAUUUACACAGACACACAAACACACACACAGACACACACACACACACACACACACACCAGGGUGGCCUACCUGGGCACUGCUGCUGCUGACCUCUGCCUCUGUGACCUCUCACCAUUGACCUUACCACUGUCCGUCGCCCACAUGGACUCCUGCUCCUGAUUUGGCUGCAGGAGGCUGCAGGGCUGAUCUGUGGUUGGUCAGUUCAGGAAGGGGGGUGGGAGGGAAUCCCAGGUGCAAAAAAGAAUUAAAAAAUAGAUAUAAAUAGAUAUAUUAAUGAAACACAAGUAAUUUUAUAUAUAUAUAUAUAUAUAUAUAUAUAUAUAUAUAUAUAUAUAUAAAGAGAGAGAGAAAAAAGACACCUACUAUGUGAGAUGGGAUGCUUACACCCAGUGCUUCAUGGGAAAUGUAGUUUGAGGAAAACAAAUGUUUGUAGUUGCCAGCGAAGGCAGAGACAACAGAUUUUGAAAAAAAAAAAAGAUGCCUAUGUCUUUACCAGACUGGUGACUCAGAAUGCAUUUAUCUUAGUAUUGUUAAUGUUAUUUAUUUUAUAUUUUGUUAAAACUGUGAUUUUAAUUGUACAUAUAUAAACAGAAACCCUUGAACAUCCAA